AUGGGAAAUUCAAACACGCUGGGCGAUGACGAUGGCCGUCAUCGAGGUGGCCGGUACCAGAGAGUAGAGCAGCUUUGUUUUUGGUUUGAAAAUUCAAAAGGUUCUUUCACCAACAAGAAAGUGCAACCUGCCCAACGACGACUGGCCGACCUUCCUUGCCUCUACUUUGGUCUUUCAGCCGUUAAUCUCGUUGCCAGCCUCAAGACCAGCCUCCAGGCCAAGCUCAAGGGAUGA